UAAAAAAUAAAAUAUUUUGCAUAAUUUAAAUAAAAAUUUAAAAUCAAAUAAUUUAUAAAAUUAAGUUUAAAAAAAAAUCAUCAAAAUUAUUAUCAAUAAAAUGGAUACAACUUUAUCACCUUCUAUUGGAGGUGAUUUAGAUUCAACGAGUUCCGGUGGUACAGGAUCGGAUACAACAUCAAUAAAUCAAGGAAUAUCACCGUAUUCAACAGCUAAUCAAACAUUUAUUUUAAAUAAUAAUGUUUAUCGAGGAAAUAUUUCAUGUAAAACAUUAUUUUUUUCUGAAAAACUUCAAACAUUUUCGAAUAAUAUUGAAAAUAAUAAUGAAUUCGAAAGAAAAUUUAAUAGUCAACAUCAUCAACAUAACAUAAACAAUAACAAUAAUAAUAACAAUAACAAUAACAACAAUACUAGUAAUAAUAAUAAUAAUCUACAUAAUCACCAACAUCAGCAUCAAUCAAAUGAUAUUAAUGGAAAUGAUUUUGAUAAAUCAAGUCCAACAUCAUCAUCAGAUAUUCAUCAACAUCAUAUUAAUUAUGUUGGUGAUAUUAAAAAUGAUAUAAAUGAUAAUAAUAAUCAUAAUCAAACAAAUUUAAAUGGAAAUAAUCAAAAUAAUAGUAAUAAUAAUAAUAAUAACAAUAAUACAUCAGUCAUUAAUAAUAAUCAUAUAAAUAAUAACUGUAAAUCACCUGGUAGUAUUAUGCAAGAAAUUACAAAUAGAACAGCAAAUAAUCAUCAAUUUUUAAAUAAUUUACAAAACUCAACAAUUAAUUUUGAUAUCGGUAGAAAAUGUUUAAAUAUGUUUAGUCCUGAUCAGGUUCAAUGCAUGUGCGAAGCACUUCAACAGAAAGGUGAUGUAGAAAAAUUAGCUACAUUUUUAUGGAGUUUACCAAAUAAUGAAUUAUUAAGAACAAAUGAAAGUAUUUUAAGAGCUCGUGCUAUAGUUGCUUAUCAUCGUGGUUUAUUUCAUGAACUUUACAAUUUAUUAGAAUCACAUACAUUUUCAAUGAAAUAUCAUACAGAAUUACAAAAUCUAUGGUUUAAAGCACAUUAUAAAGAAGCAGAAAAAGUUCGUGGUAGACCAUUAGGUGCUGUUGAUAAAUAUAGAUUAAGAAAAAAAUAUCCAUUACCGAAAACAAUAUGGGAUGGUGAAGAAACAGUUUAUUGUUUUAAAGAAAGAAGUCGAAAUGCUUUAAAAGAUUGUUAUACAACAAAUCGAUAUCCGACACCAGAUGAAAAGAAAACAUUAGCAAAAAAAACUGGUUUAACAUUAACACAAGUAUCGAAUUGGUUUAAGAAUCGACGACAAAGAGAUCGAACACCACAACAGAGACCGGACAUUAUGUCAGUAUUACCAAUGAAUCAACUGGAUCAUGUAAAUUUUCCAAGAAUGUUCAAUGCGCCUAGUUAUUAUCCUGAAUCUGUUUUUAAUGCACAAUAAAUUUAUUAUGUGUUAAAGUUAAUAUAAGCAAAUUAGUAUAUAAAGUAGGUUUAAUUUAGAAGAAUUUUUAUUGUAAUUUAACAACUCUAUUUUUUUAAAUUAAAAAGAGACGCAUUUGUUUCGCAAAAACUGAACCAAGAUAC